UGAAUUAAGUUUUGGUUACUAAUGCUUCUACUUUGCCUAUAACAGAUCGAAAGUCUCCCAGCCUUGUCCAACUAUAGGUGUUGGGCUAGAGAGAAGGGGUAAGGAAGGAAGUGUGGGGAGGGUGAUCAUUACAAAGGGAAUAGGGAGGAGGGUGAAAGAAUUUGACAAAUGAUUUGUUACUCCCUUGAAGAAUUAAAAAAAAGAGAAGAUGUUGGGAAUGAGCAUAUUGGGCAAGCAUGAAGUUAGAAGAACUGAUGGAGAGGACAGUGUUGGGGAGAGAGAGACUAGGGUGGAAGGAGAAAAAGAAAAGUUAACAGAAGUGGUAGGAAAGAUGGGUUUAAAAAUUACAAGGGUAGAAAAACCAAAGGUGUUUAUAAGGAAAAGAAAGAAAAGAUUGGAGGUAGAGAGAUUGAGAUUUGAUGUAGAGGAAAGAUUUAGAGUUUAGUGGGAGGGGGAAAGAAGAAAGGGUUCAAAGUAUUGGUUUGAGCUGCUAAUGGGUUUGCUAUUUGUGAAACUAUGAAGAUCAUUAGUUGGAAUGUGAGAGGUUUGGGUAGUGCUUGCAAGAGAAGGGUAAUAAAGGAUUUAUUGAAAAGGGAGAGCCUAAACAUAGCAUUGAUUUAAGAAUCAAAGCUGGCUUUGUUGGAUUGAAGAUGGUUCAGAAGUGUUUAGAGGCCGAGGGGUAUCAAUUGGAGUUGUGCCCCCUCUUGGGGGCCUCUAGGGGCAUUUUUUUUUUGGGGGGGGGUGAUGUAGUGGAACCUUUGGUGGAGAUAAUAGAAAGGUUCUCUGUUUCAAUCACAUUUAAGAGUUUGGAGGAUGGCUUCAUCUAGGUAUUUACUAAUGUUUAUGGACCCAAUAGCUUUAGGGAAAGGAAUGAGAUGUGGGAAGAACUUGUUGCAAUAAAGGGGUUUUGGGAUGGUUUUUGGUGUUUGGGUGGGGAUUUCAAUGUAAUCAGAUUCAUUGAGGAAUCAAAUAAUAUUGUGAGCUGAAGAAGAUCCCCUUGAUACAAGCUAGGUUUACUUGUUCCAAAUUUCAAGGUAGUCCCCUUUUCUCCAAAUUGGACAAAUUCCUUUUCAAUCCCAAGUGGGAGAUUCAUUGGGAUGGGUUGAUGUCUAAAGCCUGACCAAGAGUUACCUUUGACCAUUACCCGAUUAAAUUAGGCCUUGAAAGCCUUGUGGAUGGCCUAAAACUAUUUAAGUUUGAAAACAUGUAGUUAACUUAUCUAAGUUUUGUAUCCAUGGUGGAGAAUUUGUGGAAGGAGAUUUUGAUUAAUGCCGGCUAGAAAGGAGUAAGAUUUCCUAGGAAAUUGCAAAAAUUAAAAAUAAAAUCAAGGAGUGGAGUUGAGGCCAUUUUGGAAGAAUUGAUGAAAGGAAAUUGAAUCUCUUCUGUCAAAUUGAACAAAUAGAUGAAAAAGAAAGUCAAGGGAUUAUAAGUGAAGAGGAAAAGCAAUUAAGAUGGAACCUGAAAAAGGAAUUGGAGAUUCUUCUUACGGAGGAGAUCUGUUGGAGGCAAAAGUAAGUUAAGGAGGGACAUAGCAUUACAAUUUUUUUUAAUGUAGUUGCAAAUGGUAGAAGAUGGAAAAACUUUGUGGACAAACCAGAGAAAAAUGGAAAUAUAAUCCGUAAUCAAAUUGAGAUAGCUAGGGCCUUUGUAGACCAUUUCAAGUUCAUUUACCAAAGAUAGUUAAAUGAUAUGCUACUUGUGGAAGGGACUGAUUGGCCUUCUUUGGAUGAGAAUGUAGUAAAUUUCUUGGAAUCCAGGUGUGAACUUGAAGAAAUAAGGAUGGCUGUUUUCUCUAUGGAUAGAUCAAAGUCUCUAGGACCCGAUGGUUUUACUAUGGCCUUCUAUCAAGAUUGUUGGGAGUUGGUUAAAGGGGACUUGUUGGAGGUUUUUAGUGAGUCUAUAAAGGAACACUUUAUGACUCCAAGUAUUAAUGCUACCUUCCUACCUCUAAUUUCUACAAAGUCAAAUGUGGUGUAGCCCUAAGGUUUUAGGCCUAUUAGCUUGGUUACAAGUAUUUACAAGAAUUACGCUAAGGUCUUCUUGCUAAGAUUACUAUUCUCCCCUCUUUAAUUAGUCAAUCUCAAGGGGCUUUCAUUCACGGUAGAUGGAUUAUUGAUCAAAUUUUAAUAGCCAAUAAGUGUGUGGAGGAUUUUAGAAGAACAAGAAAAAAUGGUUUUUAUGCAAACAUGAUUUUGAAAAGGCUAUGAUUUGGUGGACUGGUCCUUUCUUUUGGAGAUUUUGAAAUUGUGUAGUUUUAGGGAUGGAUGAUGUGAUGUCUUUGGAUAGAGGGAUGCCUGACAACUUGUUGGUAUUUUGUAUUGGUUAAUGGGGUGAUUAAGGAUCUUUUCCUAGUUCAUAGAAGUUUGAGAAAAGGAGAUCCCCUCUAUCCCUUCCUAUUUACCUUGAUAGUUAAUGCUUUUAGUAGAUUGAUCUCCCUUGCGGAUAGGUUAGAGGUGUUCAAGGGGUGGAGAGUUGGUAGCAACAAUGAAGUGGUAACUCACCUUCAGUUUGCAAAUGAUCUAAUUAUCUUUUGUAAAGGUGAUAAUUAUUAGCAAGUUGGAAAUCUCAAGUGGUUGGUGAAAUUGUUUGAGAGCGUUUCAAGCUUGGGUAAAUUUGGUAGAUAGUGAUUUAAAUUCAAUAGCUUCCGUUUUUGGGUGUUCUUCUUGGCCUUUAAAAUAGUUGUGUAUGCCAUUAGGAGAUAAUUCUAAGGAAUCUAGUUUUUGGAACCCUAUUAUACAAAGGUGUUGUAAGAAGUUGGCAAGUUGGAAAAGGAACUAUAUCUCUCUGGGGGUAGAAUUACUCUAAUUAGGUCCACUCUGGAAAACUUGUUGGUCUAUUACCUCUUUGUGUUUAAGAUGCUGGAAGGGGUGGCUUCAAAACUAGAAAAAAUUAUGGGGGAUUUCCUAUGUGAGCCUGGAGAAGGGAAGAAAGACCAUCUGAUUAAGUGGGAAAUAGUACGUAGACAGAAGAAGCAAGGAGACUUAGGACUAGGUAAUGUCAGCUUGAGAAACACAACACUCUUCUAGGGAAGUGACUGUGAGGUGGCCUAGUGAGAGGGAGAGAUUGUGGCAUAGAGUGAUAGAGAGCAUUCAUGGCAGGUUGGAUAAUGGCUAGGAUGCUGGAGUAUCUCAUCGAGCAACCUUAUCUUCUCCUUGGAAAGCCAUUUCAGGUGGACUUUGCCUUUGGAGAUAUGCAAGCUUUUUGACCCUACCACCUUAAGCUGGCCCAAGAGGAGGGGAAUACUUCUUUGGAGAAGCACAAGGGCAGCCUUGAUUUGAACCAUUUCAGAAGAAAGAAAGCCUUGAUUUGGGUGACAUGGUUGAUGCGGUUGUCCCAUUCAUGGGUGAAUCUAUAACUGAUGGCACUCUUGCAAAAUUCUUGAAGAAACCAGGUGAUAGUGUACAGGUUGAUGAACCAAUUGCUCAAGUUGAAACGGAUAAGGUGACCAUUGAUGUUGCAAGUCCUGAAGCUGGAGUUAUCCAGAAGUUUGUAGCGAAGGAAGGUGAUACUGUGGAACCAGGAACCAAGAUUGCAGUUAUUUCAAAGUCUGGUGAAGGUGCUGCACUUGCUACUCCAUCAGAGAAGAAGUCGGAUAAAGAGGCUUCUCAGCCACCUCCUCCAGAAAAGGAGACUGUGGCCAAAGAAGAGACUAAAGCCGACAUUCUUGCCAUCAAGCAGAGGCCUAAAACACCUUCACCACCACCAAAAGCCUCAGCUACAGAACCUCAGCUUCCUCCCAAGGAAAGGGAAAGACGGGUUCCUAUGACAAGGCUCAGAAAACGGGUAGCAACACGUUUGAAAGACUCUCAGAACACAUUUGCAAUGUUGACAACAUUCAAUGAAGUUGAUAUGACUAAUUUGAUGAAGCUCCGUUCUGAUUAUAAAGAUGCCUUUCUGGAGAAGCAUGGUCUGAAGCUAGGAUUUAUGUCAGGAUUUGUCAAAGCUGCUGUCAGUGGGCUUCAGAAUCAGCCAAUAAUCAAUGCAGUCAUUGAUGGGGAUGAUAUCAUAUAUAGGGAUUAUAUUGAUAUUAGUAUUGCUGUUGGUACUCCUAAGGGCCUUGUUGUUCCAGUCAUCCGUAAUGCAGAUAAAAUGAACUUUGCUGAGAUAGAGAAAGAGAUUAAUACUCUUGCAAGGAAGGCUAAUGAUGGCACCAUAUCAAUUGAUGAGAUGGCCGGGGGUUCAUUUACAAUAUCCAAUGGUGGUGUCUAUGGAAGCCUUUUGAGUACCCCAAUUAUUAACCCUCCACAGUCGGCUAUACUGGGUAUGCACUCAAUAGUGACUCGACCAAUGGUUGUCGGGGGCAACAUUGUCCCAAGGCCCAUGAUGUACAUUGCAUUGACAUAUGAUCAUAGGCUGAUUGAUGGAAGAGAGGCAGUUUUCUUCUUGCGCCGUAUUAAGGAUGUUGUGGAGGAUCCUCGCAGGUUGCUUCUUGAUAUAUGAAAACAUACCAAGAGCAACUUCUUGAUUUUGUGAUUUGCCAGUAUAUGUGAAAUCUAGUAUAUCUUAAUUUUGUUGGACCACAAUAAAAUUUUGUAGGAAGCCUUCUGUUGGAUUUCAUAAACCCUUCAUCAGGUUCUAAACUGCAUCCCACCUCGUUUGAGCUUGGGAUGAGAUGCCUUUCUAGUUACAGUACAGACUUGUGGUUCACAUUUGCAGAUAACACCAAAUAUUGUCAUGGUAAUGUGGCUUCCUUUUGGUUCAUAUCCCUUUUACUUUCUUCUUUCCCAAGAUGCUUCAUGGAAUUCUGUCUGAGAUCCAUGUUUUGUGUACUAUAAACACGGUGACCAAUUGCCUUUUACCAA